UAUGGCCGAAAGGCAACAUGGCCGCCGUAAACAUCUAUACCGUGUUUUUAUCGACUUUUAUCACUCAACAUAACGUUAAGAACUCCCCUUAAACAUGCUUUAAAAGUUAUUCGUACCUUGGCAUUAUCUAUUUUAAUGUUUGUUGGGUAUAUAUGUGUUUUUAUGAGGCGUAAGGAUGAAUGAAAGCAUACCAAUCGCAACUUUGUCAGGGAUUACGAGUUUGACAAAUCUGAUUGCAGAACUUCCUUUACCUCGUUCUUCAGCGGCUAAGCAUAAAGAGAGUCUUUUCAGUAAUCCAAAUGUCGAAGUUGAAGCGAAAAAGGUUCUCAACCGACCAGAUCCUGCAGUAAUUCAUCAAAUCAAGCAAGCUCUACGAAAUUCCACUCAAGAGCAAAUCAAUCUCAAAGAUGAGUUUAACAAGGUUGUGGAAGGUUCAAGCUCAAGAGAAGGCUCAUCAUUACUUUUACAGGCUCUAUUAAACCAAGAUCCUGACUUAUUUAAUCAACAAAAUGAUCAGUUAGGGCUUGAUGACUUGCUAGGAAUUCCUCCUCUAUGUCAUACAUCUAUGUCCCCACAGCUUUCACCAAAUCAGCCUUUACCAAUGACAGGCUCUCCUAUGUAUGCUGGAUCACCACCAGGACUUGCACAAGUUCAUUCACCUUAUAGACAAGCAGUACAUCAAAGUCCCCCUGAAGUGGGAAGUCCAAUGCAACAGUCUAUACCACCCUAUGCACCAAUCUCCCAGCCAUUUUCUCCACACAGAGCUGGACCAACAAAUAUUAUGAGCCCUAAUCAUCAAGGGGUGUUCAACACACUUGCUCAUGGACAAAUGUCUCCUUUACAAGGAAACAGUUUAUGUCAACCAAAUACUUCUCCUGUAAAAACAAGAARGAUGCGGAACAGUUUGGCAUCUCAGUCACCAACAACACAGAUUUCACCCCCUCAGUCCAUCGUGCAACCUAACCAAUCUGGUGGUUAUACUAUACCACAAGCAUCACCAAGAUCAAGAAAUGUUGAUCCAUCAUUGAGCAGCAACCUCAUGGGUGCUGCAGAGCUCAGUCAUUUUAACUUGGGAUCAUCACCAAGUACAUCAGCAUAUGCUGGUACUGGCUAUAACAGUCUAUCAGCUCUGGAAGCACUUGCUUCAAGCAAUGGAUUUGCCCUUGCCCCCAACUCGAUACAAAAAGCAUCACAAAAUUCUUCAGGGAAAACUAUAGAUAGCACAAAUUCAUUAAGUGCUCAUCAUCAAAAUAACCAUUGGUCAUCGCAACAAUAUGAUGGAGUCCAGGAUUCUAAUGUUGCUACAAACCAGUAUAAUAUAGAUACAAGCAUCACAGAAACUAUUGACUCUGGUAUUUCCCUUCCUGCAGCCAAAAAAGGAUCAAGAAAAAAGCAUGUGGACAGAUCAUUAAGUAAGGCAAAUGUACAUCAUGAACCUGAAUUACCUCAAGAACAAAUUGGGGAUAAUACAAUAUCACAAAAGGAUCAAGGACUUAAAGAUAAUUCAUGGACUAAUUUCAACCAUGGCAUUGAUAAGCAAAGACUUCCUAUACAAACUCCUAAUGAGUGCAGUCCUGAUGGUACUAUAGAUUUAAACAGCACUGUGAAUCAUAUGUACAUAGAUAGUACCAUGAAAUCAACAACAAAAGAACUCGUUUCACAGUCAGGAGUCCUAAAGGAGUUACAAUUGUGUAUUCCUAAAUUAGUCAUCACCAAGAUUAAGGAACGCAGAGGGUCUAAAGAGAUUGAAACUCAUAGUGUAAGGACUAUAAUGCCUGGAGAAGAAGACAUAUUAUCUGUGAAAAAGAAGAGAAGAAGAUCUAGUGAGGACAUGGAAAAACAAAGUGAUAAUGAAAUUGAGCAAGCGAGACCAAAGAAAAAGAAGAAGAUGAAAGUUAAAAAAUCUCAGGCUUCAGAAAUUGAUGAGCUAAUGGAGUCCUCAACUUUCAAGAGGUUUUCAACGGCUUUGGAAAAUCUAUUUGAGUUUGAUGAUGAAUGUGGGGUUUCGUAUAUGGCUGAAGUAGAUGAUGAAGAGCCAGCUUCAGAAAGCCUUGCAUCCAGAACAGAAAUAUAUGAGCUUUAUGCUGAAACUGCUAAAUUGAGGUCUUUAGGUGUAACACAUCAAGUUCCAAGUGAUCAGUUAAUGAGAUUAAUAGCCAUCAUGGAACGACAUGUCAGGGAUGGUUUGUUACUUAAACUCAAUGUUGAUCAGGAUGAUGAUGAAGAACAAAAACUUUGGCGUGAUUUAUGCUUGGACAGGAUGAUUCGUUCAUUGGAGUCAUCAUUGGUUAUAUUGAACAUAUUGACAUCACCCAGUGUACCAAAGCAGUUAUAUGUAGAGGAGGUCAUAGAAAGGAUCAUUAGACUUGUCAAGUUCCAUCUACAGAACAAUAUUUUUCCUGAGUAUGACCCUGUCUACAGAGAUCCAGAUUCCAAAGAUCCAUGUGUUUUUGUGCCCAAGUCAAAACGGACCAAAAGCACCCUUGCAAAAGUUAAACUUCUUACAUCAUUUUAUAACAAAAUGUGUGAACUGGUGUCCCAAUUGGGAGAUCUUGUGGAUGUUCAGACCCUUACAGAUACAACCAUUUUACAGGUUUCCAGUCUAGGUACUUCUCCAUUCUUCGUAGAGAAUGUGAGUGACCUACAGCAUAGCUCACUGAAGCUUGUCAGAUCAGUGUUUAGGAAGUAUGUCAAGCACAGAGACUUGAUCCUUGAGGACAUUUUUGCAUCCUUGCAAAGGCUGCCAUCAACUAAAAGAAACAUGAGGAGCUACAGGUUAAAUGGCGAAGAGUCCAUCCAAAUGGUCACAGCCUUAGUAUUACAACUCAUUCAAUGCUCCAUCAGGAUUCCUGACAAGUCUGAGAUUGAAUCGACAGCUCCUGCAGAAGGGGAGCAGAAUGAAAAUGAGCCUGCAAAGGUUGAUCGAGACAUUGUCAUCUGUAAUUCGUAUGAAAAUGCACUGAGAACAGCACAGAAUUUUCUAUCAAUGUUUUUAAACAAAUGCAGCAGUGUUGGUAAGGAUGAAGAAGACUUCAGACCUUUGUUUGAAAACUUUCUCCAAGAUCUUUUACUAAUGCUUAACAAACCAGAUUGGCCUACUGCAGAAGUUCUCUUGACACUACUAGGGAAGCUGUUGAUUGUAACACUGAAUAACAAGUCUCUUGACGUAAGCCUCAGGGUGUCUUCCAUUGAUUACCUUGGUGUUGUUGCUGCCCAUUUAAGAAAGGAUGGGGUCACUAGUCAUCAGCUAGAGUCUGACAGCAUCUCUGAUGUUAUAGUGGAAUUGCUUGGUGAUACAUCAGAUGAAUCAGAGGAAGAGUAUAAUAAAUGGGAUGAGAGGUCAUCAAAGAGAGUAAGAGUUCUAAGAAAAGCCCUUUCAAACUACUUGACAACAGAAGGACAAAAUGAUCCAGCCUUAUUGUUUGCCAAGAGGUUCUACAUUGCUCAGUGGAUCCGUGAUGCUCAGAUAGAAAUAGAAAGAGCCAUUAGAAAUCCUUCAGACUUACCAUCAGAAACAAUAGAGGGUAUUAACAGUUCGUUUGGUGCUGGAGCUGAAAGUAUUCAGAAAUCAGAGGAAGAGAAAGAGUUUUUACAUGACUUGUUGGAUGACCGAUUCUGUAAUAUCAGAUCUUCUCAGCAUACACUAGACUAUGACAAGGCUUUAUUGGUCUCCAGAUAUCUUGGCUCUUCAAGGUCUUUCUCCAAAAGUUUUGAUGGAUAUCUUGGACAGAUUUUAAGAGUGCUUAAUGAGAAUGUAGUUGCCAUCAGGACAAAAGCUAUGAAGGCUUUAUCAGCUGUGGUAUCUGCUGAUCCUUCCAUACUGUCAAGGGAUGAUAUGCAGAAGGGUGUCCACACCAGGCUUGUAGAUAUGUCUACGAGUGUAAGAGAAGCAGCUGUAGAGUUAAUAGGCCGUUUUGUACUCAACAAACCAGAGCUCAUUCAUCAGUAUUAUGACAUGAUUGUGGAAAGAAUACUGGACACUGGUAUCAGUGUACGAAAGAGGGUCAUCAAGAUUUUGAGAGACAUUUGUAUCAACCAACCAGAUUUUCCUAAAGUCACUGAAAUUUGUGUAAAGAUCAUUAGAAGAAUUGCAGAUGAAGAAGGCAUCAAGGAGCUUGUAACCAAAGUAUUUCAGCAAAUGUGGUUCACGCCAGAGAAAGGAGUGCAGCAGGAAGUGUUACUAACACAUGUUGUACAGAUGACUGAAGUGGUAUCUGCUUGUGGAGACAAUACUGAUUGGUUUGAGCAGCUUCUAGACAAUCUGCUGAGGAGUGAUGAAGACUCGGUGGUAAAAUCUUCUGAAGAAGCAUGUUUCCAGAUAGUGGAUUGCUUGGUGGAGAACAUCCUUAGACAAGAAGAAAGCGUAAUUGCUGCAUCAGAAGGCCAAAGCUCAAGCAGUCAGAAACUUGUGGCUAGUUUGACAACCCUGUAUCUCAUGAGCAAGAUAAAACCACAGCUGCUAGUUAACCAUGUAUCAACAUUACAGCCAUACCUCAGUACUAAAUGUAGUACUCAGGGUGACUACCUAGUUAUCCAUAAUGUAGCUCGUAUACUAGAGCUAGUGGUUCCUCUAAUGGAACACCCAAGUGAGACAUUCCUUGCCAGUCUAGAAGAAGACUUGAUGAGACUCACUGUCAAGCAUGGCCAAACUGUUGUACAGAGUUGUAUUAGCUGUCUGGGUGCUGUGGUGAACAGAGUCACACACAAUAUCAAACUUGUCAAGGAUUAUUUCCAGAAAUACUAUGGUUUCUUAGUGAAAGCAAAGACAGAUCAUCAUACCAAAAAGGGUGCCAAAGGGCAGAACACAACACCCAAGCCAACCUUGUUAAGGUCGCUGUUUACUUUAGGAUUAUUGUGUAAACACUUUGAUUUUGAUGGGGAUGUGAAACCAAAGAACCAGCAGAGCUCCACAAGCGACAAAGUAUUUGCUGUAUAUAUCUAUUUUUGCAAGCAUGAAGAUGAAGAAAUACAGCAGAAGGCAAUCAGUGGAUUGGGGUUUUUCUGCAUGAGGUAUGCAGAGUUAUUAAUGAAAGAGGAUGCCAAAUGUCUUUAUCAAGACAUUUUAUCACCAUCCAAUCCAUCAUCCAAGCUAAAGUGGCAGGUACUUAAGAACUUUCAAACCCAUUUGCUUGAAGAGGAGAGAAGACUCAGGGUACAAGAUCAUGAAUGGAAAAAGCAGUCAGACAAAGAAAACUUAAAGGAACUUGGUGAUUCACAAUCUGGGCAAACUAGUGCUGUAAUGCAGGUUUAUCUCAAAGAUAUUCUGCAAAUGUUUUUCCAUCGUCAAAGUCAGCUCCGAACAGCUGCACUUACAGUAGUGACCCUAAUCCUCAGACAAGGACUUGUACAUCCAGUCCAGUGUGUUCCAUAUUUAAUUGCUGCUGGCACUGAUGUAGAGCAACAAACACGUCUCAAAUCAGAUCAACAAUUAACUGACAUUGACAAUAAAUACUCUGGUUUCAUACAGAUGAAGGCUCUUGCUGGGACAAAAAUGUCAUUUGACUUGCAAAAGCUUAUACAUGAG